GACAGGAGUUUCCACGACAGCUGAGAAGCUGCUCAAUGCGCGUGUUUUUUUUUUUUUUUUUACUUGUAAAAUUGCUUCUUCUCAACUCAUUUGACUUCAUUUUUUCGCAAAAUGGGAGAUAAAAAGAGUCCCACGAGGCCGAAGCGGCAGCACAAGCCGCUGGCGGACGACGGCUGCUGGGACUGCAGCGUGUGCACGUUCAGGAACAGCGCCGAGGCGUUCAAGUGCAUGAUGUGUGAUGUCAGGAAGGGGACGUCAACCCGAAAACCGCGGCCCGUUUCCCAACUGGUUUCACAGCAAGUAAAUCAACAGUUUGCAUCACCAACACAAAUCAAAAAAGAUAAGAAAGAAAAAUCAGAGAAAGACAGAAGUGACAAAGAACCAGCACUGAAAAAGAAGAGCUAUAAAAAAACGAGGCCCAGGUUAAAAAACAUAGACCGAAGCAGCGCUCAGCAUCUGGAGGUCACAGUUGGAGACUUGACUGUUAUUAUCACAGACUUUAAGGAAAAAGCCAAACCCACGUCCACUUCAACAGGUGCUGCUGCCACAGAGCAGCACAGUCAAAGCGGAUCAAGCUCGGAUAACACUGAACGAGGCGUCUCCAGAAGCUCGUCCCCCCGCGGAGAAGGCUCAUCAGUUAAUGGAGAGACUCACUAAUCCUUCCACUCCCAGCUCCGCACAACCCAUCCUUCUGCACUCCCAACAGCCUCAACCAGAGAUUUAACUUCAACAUGCCAGUGUGACAGCUUUUACUUCUAUUUAGGGUUGCAGUUUUUUUUUUACUGCCUUUCAAUAUUAAUUUAGAAGUCUGGAUGCACUAUUCGUUGGUAAACUUGCUCUUGAACACUUUUGCAAUAAAGCAGCAUCACGUUCAAGCUGUCAUCGCUACACAAAAAUGGAUUAUAGAAGAAAUGUCAAGAUGCCAUCUCAGAAUUGUAGUUUAUUUUUACAUUAUUGUUAUUAUUUGCACUUAAUGGCAUCCUUUUGUUUACAUAAACGUUUUGAGCAUUAUUUCUGUUUUGCCAUUAUAACACUGUUGGUUACUGAACUUUUUCCAUCCUUCAAUUUGUGCCAUUGGAUGCAAUAACUGUUUUACUGUCUAAUAUUUGAGUACAAAUAUUGAACAGUUUUACUCAGCAAGCUUUGCCUUCACUUGGUAGAGUUUAGCAUGAUUUAAUCUAUAGAAUGGUUUAUAUUGUACAAUUGUGAUAAAUAAAAUAAGCUGUAGAUACUUUGAUAUGUUUUUUUUAACCAUAUGUACAUAUUUUAAAUGACAUUUGCAUCUAUAUAUCCUUUAUUUUACAUCAUUAUGUUACAUGACAAAGGUACUUAAUGUAUCCUCUAUUGGAUUGCCCUUCAAGUAGGGUUAAGUAGGAUAAUUGAACCGGAGACCACUUCCCAUGUAAUUACUGUUUUAAAGAAAAGAAAGGGGGGGGCUUGCUAAUGUUUGAUUCAUUCUGUCAAAAUUGUGUUACUCCACAACAACAAAUGUUUCCGAGGAUGAAUAAUAAAUAUGAAUAAUACUUUUUAAAAUCUAAAGUUACACUUAGACUGCUUCAGUGGCCCUGGCAAAAUACAAGCUUGGCUGUUUUUGCAACUGCAAUACUAUAAGACGUAUUGCGUGUGGAAUGGUGGAUACAGUAUAUACUGCAUAUUGGCCUGGCAGUUGCCAUUAGUUUGUAGUAUGCCAAAGCACAACGGGAAAGUGGUCAUAUAAAGGCCAUGGCACUUAUCCAUCAUCUAUAUAAAGGCCAUGGCACUUAUCCAUCAUCUAUACAUGCUUAUUCCUGUUUUAGGGUCACAGCGAUCAUCUGCAGUCUCUGCCAGCUCUCUCUGUUUUAAGUACAUUUUGAUAAAAAUCAGUAUGGUGUACUGGGGGAGAGGGGGGCAUUAUUUGAAGUUUUUCAGUGAAUAUGUCAGGAGUGUUUAGAAUUACACUUGUGGUUCUAUGCUAUUUUCAUAAUAAAGUAUUUUUAAAGUGAUGUUUCCUUCAAGAAUUUAUCAUAAAGUAUAUCGUGUAUAUAUAGUGUAACUUUGUCCCUCCUCUGUAAACACUUCCCCCCUUGAAGCUCAUAGAUCCUAGUGCCACAACUUC